UGUCAUUCGCUGUAACCAGAAACGACCAUCGUAGAGUGCAUUACGUCCACGCGGCCUUUCUUCUGCACUAGGACCUUGCGGACUCGAGUGCACUCCUUUGAGGAGACACCUAAGCCACAUCCAUGAGUGCGGUUAACGUUACGUCGGCGGACUUCAAUGUGACCGCGAGGUCUCCGCUAGACGUGGCCCGCGACGUGUACCGCCUCGCGGUCCCUAUCAUGCUUGUCGCGUGUCUAAUGUCCAUGGUCUUCAACCUUGUCAUAGUCGAAUCUGUCCACUGGCUGCGUCGGAGCCCCAGCCCGACGCUCUGCUUCAGCCUCAGUUUAUCAGCGGCGAACGCCUACGCGUCUCUGGUGGUCGGCGUCGGUCUCGUGGUCAACAGCCUUCUUCCGACCUUGUACCACAUCCAGCCUCCGGCCUGCUGGGCGCUGUCCCUGGAAGCCUUUCGCCUAACGGGCCUCAUCGCGUCCGUUCUUCACCUGUUGGCCCUCGCCGUGAACCAUUACAUCGGCAUCCUGCGGCCUCUUCAUUACGCUGCAACUGUGACUCGACGCACCGUAUGGCUGACAACGGCAGCGAUGUGGCUUGUGCCCCUAUUUUUCUUCCUCUUGUACUUCACAAGCGUACCGGGGCAGGGAUUCCAGGUGGCCAACUGUCGCUAUGACUUCAUCCUCUGGAGCACUUUCCGCGUCACACUCUCCGGACUUUUCUUCGUGCCACUGGUACUCAUGUGUUUCAUAUAUACACACAUUUUCCUGCUCGUCCGACGCCACCAAAUGGGAGCGGGAAUCUCUGCCCAGAUUCCGGGGCAACUACGCAGGAGCGUCAAGGCCGUUUACACCACACUACUGAUACUUGGCACAUACCUCAUAGGAUGGAUGCCAGCCGUGCUCUUCUACGUAUUAACAUGCCUCGAUUGUCCAUUGCCGAUCACGUCGCUGUCUCUUGACGUGCGCCUCACCUUCGGCAUACUGACCAACACACUGGUGCUGAUCAAGUCGUUUGUUGAUCCAGUCAUCUACGUGGUGCGCAUGCGUGAGAUUCAAGAGGCCUUCGUACUCAUGUGGAAGUCCCGCUGCGGCCUGGUGGACGUGGCCCGAUCUUCGGUCGACCUCAUGCGGAUGGCCCACUCCCGCACUGACACGCAGGGCAUCACGACCAACGGGUCGCAGCACAAACAACGCUGUAUCGCCCAGUUCAGCUAGCCAGGUCGACCACGCGGCGGACCGCCAUCGAGGCAGCGGCAAAAUACCGCCGCAACGGCUUUGUGAACAUGUUGCGAAUCGCACGCCGAAGCAAGCUGCUCCCCCCGAGACUGUCGAAGACCAACACCUAAAUAUCCCGAUCACAAGAUGAAGACGGGAUAGUAAAUGUUUGAUAAACAAUGUUAGAGUGAUGCAGUAGGCGACGGGGCACGUCGUCGACCGACUACUUGUUGACCCGUCCCUGGCAACCACAUUCGCUGCUUUCCAUCAGGUCAGCGUCCUUAAGCAACAGGGCACUUUUUGUUUCCUUGCUUAUUUAGUGUAGAGUUCAACUUCACUUGUAACACGUAUGACAAACUAUAAUGUUCCAAACAGACGUCCAAGUGUCCUUCAACUUAAAUCCGUUGACGCGUGGUUUAAGUUGACUAGCGCUUGGAAUGACAAUGUUGACACUAAUGUGAAGAUCUGCAUUUGUUUCGCUCAGGCUCAGUGAAAUUGUGAUGUGUGUUAGUGUGCGCGCAGCGGUAAGCUUCAAGCACAUGCUCAGCAGAGUUCGAGAAAUUCAACUCUAUAGAUGCAUGGGGAGCUAAACAUCACAAAUAUCUUGAAGCUACUGUAUUAUUUUUUGCUUGUUUUUGCGUGCAGCUUACAUCAAAACGAUUAUGCGUGUAGCGAGAGAAAGAGAGAGAGAAAGAAAGAGAGAACACUUUUGAAAAGCAUAGUGUUUUUGCCAGCGUUCUGCUUUUUACAAGUUCAGGACCUGCUGAACGUCCUCAUCUCUCGCAUUCCAUAGAAAAAAAGAAGACAUAAGUCUCACUUUUUUGCCUUUGCCGACAAACUUAUGUGACUCAUUCUUAAGAAAGAGAGUGCCACUUUUUUCAUCUUGUUCUGACGCAUGCUCCUUUCCUACAUACAUA